AUGGCAUCAAGUCCAAAAGGUUUACGUCUCUUGAAGACUUUAGAACAAAUAAAAAACACGCCGUCCUUUGAUGCUACUGCUGUACUUAAGAGGGUAAAACUACACUCAGCCUCAGAUGGUGUACUAAAAGGCUCGUUUACAAUCGAGCCAUCGAUGUGUAAUCUAGGCAAUACUCUUCAUGGAGGUCACAUCGCCAGCCUGGUUGAUGUGUUCUCUUUUUAUUCCCAGCUGAGUCACCCCGAUGGACGAUUAUCGUGGACUACGAAUCUGAAUAUCAUUUUUGUAGGUUCAGCUAAGGAAGGCGAAACAGUGAACGUGGAAAGUAAACCAGUGAGAAGUGGGAAUGCAGCAAUUGUUGAAACAUGCUUAUACGGCUGCAAUGGGAACCUUUUAGCAAAAGGAACCGCUACUUUUGUUGCCGGCCAUGAAAAGUAUCAACAGGUGUUCAAAGAUGGAUUUAACUUUAAUGUGCAGGAGACCGACUAA